AUGGCUUACUCUCAGUUGGGAUACUCCUACCCCACUACACCGCAGUUUCUGAUGGGCUCCAGCCCCCUCUCCGGUUGUCUGGAGCCAGGAACGACUGCGUCCCACCCGGUGCUUCGCACCCCGGGCCACCAGCUCACCACUGGCACCGGCAUCGGUGUCUACAGCGGCCCUUACCCAAAGAGCCAAGGUUACUACAACACCUGCACCAGUGAUGCCACCGCUCUCUAUUCCAGAGGACCACUUGAACCCAAAGACAGAGCUGCCUCUGUGCAUGUGGGGACAUCUCAGACUCCUGCCUACUAUCCUUAUGAAUACACAUUUGGACAAUAUCCUUAUGACAGAUAUGGGUAUUCCUCCUCUGAUGGAGCAUCGCGUCGUAAAAAUGCCACUCGAGAGACGACGGGUACCCUGAAGGCCUGGCUGCAAGAGCACCAGAAGAACCCCUACCCAACUAAAGGAGAGAAGAUAAUGCUUGCUAUCAUCACCAGGAUGACCCUUACACAAGUGUCUACGUGGUUUGCGAAUGCUCGCAGGAGGCUGAAGAAGGAGAACAAGGUGACGUGGUCACCGCGAGCAUGUAAAAGCUCUGACGACCGAGGAUGUGAUGACGACAGUGAUGAGGCAGAGAAGCCACUUAAAAAUGACAAAGACCUUCCUGAUCAAUCUUGUGCAGACCUGCAGAGUGAUCUUGAAGACUUCGACUUACUGGAGUCUGAUGCUUCUGACUGUGAACCGAAGCCACAGUUUCUACCAGAGGACAAUGAAGCAAACUCGAGCACAAACAUCCCACAUGGGCAUCUCAUACACAACCCAGACUCACUGCAUGGUACAGAGAGAUUGACUCCUGACUGCCCCAAACUCACAUCGGUCCAAGACCAAAACAGCGCCUUCUAUCCUAAUCCAGAUGUCCGAAGCUCUGACAGCAAGCCAAAAAUCUGGUCAAUCGCUCACACUGCUGUGUCUUUGGAUCCCAGCCUGCAGUUAGAAUACCCUCCCUGUAUGCUGUCGUCGACAAGGUCCUCAUCUCCUGGGUAUCCAUCAAACAUGGCGCUUACCAAGGUAGACACGGAACAGGAUUCACCAGUCACCACUCUCAGAGAAUGGGUGGACGGAGUUUUCCAUGGCCCCCCUUUUCAACAGCCCAAACCAGCUACAUUGUGGAAAGGCUUAAAUGAAGCCAUGAUAGAAAGCAGAACACCAGGACAAUCCUUUGUUAGGUCUACGACAUCUUUGUAG